GUUCUGUUCCCACGGCAACCCCAUUGUCUUUCAAGGGCAGGAACCCGGGCGGCCAAGGCCGAAGGCGACCUCGCUAACCCUGUAGUUUCCGCAAGGCACAGUUGUGGCUUCCGGAACCCGGUCGGCUGAAGCCUCGACGCUGACGCUGCCCCCGGUAGCCGAACGGCGCGGGCGAGGGAGCCUGGAGGGCUAGAUCCGGGGCGUGGCUUCUCAACCCAGGGCCAGGAAGAAGAUGCAAGCCAGCCCCAUCUACAUCCCAACUGUUAGCAAUGACACUGACUGGGACUUCUGCUUCCAUCUGUCACCGCAAACCCCGAUCCCAGCACAACAGCAGACAGAUGAGGUGUAUCCCACUUAUGGGUCUGAAGAGAGUGAAGAAGACACUGCAGUUCAGGAAGAGGAAGCAAUCACCGACUAUAUGUCUCUUCCCAAAGAGAAACUAGUUCAGUCCCAGAAGAAAAUAACUCAGCUUAUUAAGGAAAAAAUGACUAUCCAAGCAAACAAGGAGCUGAUUCGAUGUGUCAUCCUUUCUCGAAUUGUUUUUGGAGAAGAACACUGGAGAUGUGCACAAGCUUUAACCAACCUGGCUUAUGGCUACCUGGUACUGAGAGGCCUCCCAGCUCAGGCCAAGAAACAUGCUGAAUCUGCCAAGAACAUACUAUUGACCUGGAAGGGGAACGCGUCCUCAGACAAGGAGCAAAACGAAAUCCUGGAAGCUCUGGUCAUGCUCUACUAUACUCUGGGGGUGGUCUGGCUCCUACAGAACCAUGGCAGGGAGGCCUAUUUCAACUUGCAGAAGGCAGACAAACACAUGAAGGAACUGAACGGAUUAACUAAGAGAGGCAUUUGUGGAUUAUACGUCUCAGAGAAAGACCUAACAAUUGCUUUGGGCAGAGCCUCACUGGCCGUCCACAGGUUGAACCUAGCUCUGGCAUACUUUGAAAAGGUAAUUGGCAAUGUUAUUGCUACUGAGGGUAGUGACACAUCAGAUCUGAUUAGUCUCUAUGAGGAAAUUGCCCAGAUUGAGCAGCUGAGGAGGAACCAUGAGCAGGCCAUCCAGUACUUGAAGCAGGCCUAUUCUAUCUCUGUUUCUUCAUUCACUGAAGUCAGCCCCCAAACUGCAGAGGCAAGUGCGUUACUAGCCAAAGCUUAUGCCAUGUCUGGAAAGCCCCAGCACAGGGAUGCUGUUGAGACAUAUUUUAUAAAAAGUAUCAGUGCAUAUCAAGCAACACUGGGCUCAGAGGAUUAUGAAACAUUGACCACCAUUGAAGAAUUUUGCAAAUGGCUUGUUGAAAAUGGGGAUAAACAGGACGCUUACAAACUGCUGAAGGCUUCGCUGAAGUCCCAGAUCAUUAGCUAUGGUGACUGUAGCAAAAAGGUGGCAGAAACUUUUUAUAACUUGGGCAGGAUCUGCUUUGCCAAUGGAGAGCUCAGAAAGGCAAUUCAGCUGCUAAGGAAGUGCCUCAUGAUUCAAAUUUUUAUAUAUGGAAGUGAGCAUAAUAAAAGCAAAGAGACAAAAGGCCUCCUUACCCAACUGCAGAGGGAGAGUAACAAUCCAUCCAAAUGGAAAAAAGAAGCCAUUCAAGGAAAAAAGAACUGUAUAUGCAAAGGCACAGAGGCAUGACGGAGAGCAGUGUAUGGAAGGAAUGGUCUUCUGUUAUCAGUAAAGAGAAAACCUCUAUACAAGAUAGUCAACAAUAAAGGCAACCUUGUUGAUAAUAAAAAUUUUGGACCACAAAAUAUUUUUAUUGGCAUGGAUAGCAGUGGCAGAGCAAAAGCAGAAGUUUUUUACUAAUAACUCAGAGAAGAAAAGGUCCACUUAGUAGCAUGUUACAGGUAAAACAUCUAAGACCAUAGAAACCAGGAUCCUAACCUAUAACUGAGGGAAAUCUUUUAGGCACAUACUUCAAGCUAUUGUUUCUCAUGCCACUGAGUCAUCAUUACCUUCCACUUCCCUUUUCAGACUUUAUUCAUUCCUUUCAGUCUUAAUUUUUUUUAAAAAAUUCUGCAAUACCUAAGCAGUUUAUUGGUGAACAUCUUAAGAUACUAUUU